AUGUCGGUGUUCCUCUACGGCACCGGCGUACUCGUCGCCCACACCGACGAGUCCGACGACGAGCAGCUCGCGGUGCCGACGCGAGAGCUGUUUCUCAAGAUGGAGCUACCCUUCGAGUCGAAUGUCUCCCCCGCGUACGAGCUCGUCAUGAUCACGCAGUUUUUCCACCAGCUCGCGGCAGCCACGAUAGUCGGUGUGCUUAACGCCCUAAUUGUCUCAUUGAUUCUUCACGUAGGUGGGCAAAUCGAUAUAAUGUGCCGAGGGUUGGUAGAAAUCUCCUCAGACAACACGUUCGACUUGCAAACCUCGACCAUCAAAGCUUUAAUACGUCGACAUCAGAGAAUUAUCGCGCUCUCAGCCGACAUCGAGACUCUUUUCUCGUAUAUAGCUCUCAUGCAAUUCCUGUGGAACACUUUGGUCAUCUGCUGUCUCGGAUUUCUAAUUGUGACCUCGAUCGGCGAUACGCAAGGAUCGACGAUGUUGAUUAAAUCCCUCUUUUUUUACGUUGUCAUCACUUUGGAGGCAUUCAUAUUUUGUUAUGCUGGAGAAUAUCUCAGUGCCAAGAGUAGAAUGAUCGGCGAUGCAGCGUACGAAGCGAAGUGGUACAACUCGGAUCCCACGAAGAGUCGUAUUUUAUUGCUGCUGAUUUUAAGAUCGCAAAGAAAGUUAACUAUUACGAUAGGAAAAUUUAUGGAUCUCUCGCUAGAGCGUUUCACAACAAUUAUUAAGGCAUCAGCGUCUUAUGUAUCCGUGCUGCAUGCUAUGUCUUGAAAGCCGUGUGUAGUUGAAGAGGCAAUACCCUCCGUGUGUUUAUGUAGCCAUUGUGUUAUAAGAAACGCUACCGUAUCUCGCGAAUUUCUAGUAACUCAUUAGCGUUCCACGAACGCCGCAUGUAA